GUUUGACAGUUACCAGACUAUGUUUGCACUUCUGGUUCUACUCAGCCAACUGCCCGUAGUUACCCUCGCGUUUCCUCAUUGCACAAGGAGUCCGAAGGAGUCCGGGCAUGCUGGAGAAGAAGUCUUCACAGCAAAAGAAGCAGCAAAUCUUUUCAUACAUAGACGCCUGCUGUAUAAUAGAUUUGAUUUGGAGCUCUUCACGCCCGGUGACCUAGAAAGAGAAUGCAUAGAAGAACUUUGUAAUUAUGAAGAAGCUAGAGAAAUUUUUGUGGAUGAAGAUAAAACGACAGCAUUCUGGAAAGAAUAUUCUGUCAAAGGACCAACCACAAAAUCAGAUGCUAACAGAGAGAAAGUUGAUGUCAUGGGCCUUCUGACUGGAUUAAUUGCUGCUGGAGUGUUUUUGGUUAUUUUUGGUUUACUUGGUUACUAUCUUUGUAUCACCAAGUGUAACAGACAACAAUAUCCCAGUUCUUCAGCCGCCUACGUAAGAACGGGCAGGCACACUCCCUCCAUCAUUUUCAGAAGACCCGAGGAGGCUGCCUUGACUCUGUCACCCCCCGCAAUGGAGGACACAGGAUUACCUUCUUAUGAACAGGCAGUGGCACUGACCAGAAAACACAAUGUUUCCCCGCCACCACCAUAUCCUGGGCCAACAAGAGGGUUUCAAGUAUUUAAAAAGUCUAUGUCGCUCCCAUCUCACUAAGCCCGCCAUGGUAGUGUAGGAGAUUCCUGCUAUUUGAAUGGUUCGUUUUCCCUGGACCAGAGACAUGAAGAGACUUCAGCCCUUAAUGACAAACUGCAAGGAGCGAAGGAAGAAUAAAGCACCUGUGUAGAAUGCCACGGCAGUUCUGUUGGCGUCUCGGACCUGAACUUGAUCAUUAUCAGCUCGAUAAGAAUCUUAUCAUUACCAGUUUGAUAAGAAACUCGGACUCCAUCUCCUUGCAGUAAAGAAGAGAGCACUUUUGUUGUUUACUUUCAUGAUUCAGAAAGUCUGUGUUAGGGAUGUCAUCGCUAGAACUCGUGAGCUAUCUUUUGUACAGAUAAAGGUUGUAGAUUUCUUGUGUUGACUAUAAAAAAAAAAAGAAUUUCCGAUCAUUAGAUUAUCUGAAGCCAGAAUAUUGGACCUACUCUUUAUUAGGAUUUCUUUUCGGUUGGAAAUACGUCAUAAAACCAGACACUUCGAUUCAAACUGGUGGCCUCCAUAUAGUCACUUCGUUUCGCAUUUUAAAUUAUUGCAUAGCGUUCACCAUUUUGUGUAGGUUUCAGUUGUUAACAGUUGCUGCUAGUCAUGUUUUUUUAUGGGAGUGCAUUAAAAAGUCACUUGCUAGGGAGUUAGUUCUUCAGAGGGUACAGAGUUACAAUGACAAGGAUUUGCAAAGGUUGUUAUACUAUCAAAUCUAUAGGCUUCAAAUCUAGGAGUCACUAGAACUUGUUAAAACUGCCCAUGCUACUGACGGGUAUGAAUGUCCAUUUUCAUGGCUAAAUUAUCUGUAUAUAACUACAUAUAAUUAUUUAUCUUGAAAGUGUGUUGAAGUUAAUAAAUAAUAGUUCAAGAACCUAGAAAAAUUAAUUUACUCAUCUGCUAUUAAAAUAAUACUGACUAAAGUUUCCAGUAACCCCUUGUACCUCUUAAUGUCUGGACCUAAAACCCCGUAAGUAAUCAUUUCAACCUAAACUGUCUCUUCUAAUUGUAUAUAUGACCAGUCUUCCUUAAGAAUGUAGUAGAAUAUAAGCUAUAAACUUCUGGAGUGAGUGUGUUUGCACACAUUUAUGUGAGUGGAUGUGGAUGUAGAUGUGAAUUGUUUUCUCUUUGCAGGAACUCAAAUAUAUACUAUACUCCUGAGAAAUAAAAUGGAAUAUUCUGUU